CUUGUAUCUAACCCUAGCCGCCAUUUGUCCUUCCCCUAUUACACCCACGGCAGAGGAAAACAAAAGAAAAUAAGGAAAGAAAGAAAGAAAGAAAAGAAGAGAAGAGGGAGGCGGCGCGAUGGGUGUCACUGCCACCGCCGCCGCCGCUGCUAAUCGAGAGAAGGGGAGAUCCAAGAAAGAGAGAGAGCGUUGGUGGGAGAGGAAGACCGCUGCCACAGCUGCCGCCGUUCGUCCUCCAGCUCGUCGCCACCAUCGCGGAUUGCCACUGACCUCGCGCCCGUCGCCGCCGACCACGAGCCAGAGGAGAAGAAGAACGAUGCUAUUACGCCGUUCCUCGCUGCAGAUGAAGCUCGCCGCCGCAGCUGUUACUAUUCGCGCCGUCGUCGUCGCCGAAGGGAGCCAUCGUCGCUGUCAUCGGAACAGAGGGCGAGAGAGAGACAGAGAGCUCGCGGUGGGGGAAAGGAUAGGCGCCGCCGUGCUGCGUGAAGCUACCGCCGCCGUUCCUGCCGCCGUCCAGCCUCAGUUAGCACCGCCGAAGCUCUUGCCAUCACCGUCGUUGAAGAAGCUCACCGGAGUUGCUGGAGGCUACCGCCGCUCUACCUGGUUCUGUUUUGAGUCGCGCAACCGUUUCCGUGGCCGCCGGAGACCGUAUCUGAAGCCUCUGUCUUAUUGGAUUUUGGUUGUUGCAAGUUACUCGGCUAUACGCUGUUGUCGGAACCAGGCCAGAUUUACCGUGUUACUGCCAUCAGGACAGAUGCAUAGGUCCCUGAUUAUGUUCUUUGCUGCUCCAUCGUUGUGUUUUCUAUAGCUGCAGUCGAGUUUCGGUAAUCGCAUGGUUGGAGUAAAAGCCGUUUUUGUUUGCUGUGAAAGUAAUCGGAACUGCGGAUGCAGCUGCCGCUGAAUGCGAGCCGAAAGAAAAAGAGUUUAUGUCUGGUAGUUAGAUCGCAAUCGAGACGCAGUGCCUCACCACAACAAGGACCACCUCUCAUCCCUCAAAUCCUUCUUCGUCCCCUCCUCCUCCACCCAAAACCGUCGAUGAUGUUUGAAAAGACAUGAACCUAACCCACUGUGACAGAGACUCACCUCAAUCUAAUCACCGCCUGUUCGAGAAAAUGACCAUUGAGGCUUUCCUCUAAAAAAACGUUGCCGUCACGAAUGACGACAUCACCGUUGUUGCUCCUUUUUAUAAUCUUCAUCCUGUUCCUCAUCAGUUCCCGCAGGUGUCCGCCGUGGAAGGCUCAUCCUCCUCCGUGACUGAGCCUUUUGCCAAUGGGAUGCUGCGGUGGCAAGUGGAGUCCCAGCAACCUCUUCAGCAUCAGGAGGAGGCGAUGGUGGUGGAGGAGGAGUUGUAGCUGCGGUGGCAAAGGGGAAGAGAAGGGUGGUGGAGGAAGCAGUGGACAAGGCCAAACUUCAAUGAGUCUGCUCCUAGGUUCAGGGAAUGCAAACAGCUACUUACCCCCUUUUUUAAUUUUUUUUUUAAUGAAGUUUCAUUUUUUAUAUAAUUCUAUUUGAUGUUUGGAAAAUAGAGAUUCUUAUUUUGGUUUUUUCUAAGGCCAUCCUUCUUGUAUCUUGUUUGCCGGAACUUUAUGUCAGGAAGCCAGAAUGCUUAAUUGCCAUCGUAGAGUUAUGUGUGAAGCUGCCAAAAAGUCAUUGAAAGAGAAGAAACUGCACAUUGGUCCAUGGAAGAAGAGUAGAUUCAUGCAACUAAAGUGGUCAGGCUUCAAUCAAACAUUGACUUUAGCAAAUUCCAUGGGUGAUAUUCCAGCUAAUGAACCUUACCUGAGAAUUUCUGGUGCUCCUACUGUGCUAGUCACAUGAAAGUAAUUGAGUUAGGUGAAGGUUGAAUCCCAAUGGUGGCUUUUGCAGAAGGAUUUUGAAUUGAGACCUUGUAGUAGAAACUCAUAAUUUAAUGUUCCAAGUUAUGUAAUAGAAACUCUGUUUUGUGUUGUAAAUGGUUUGGUCUAAUUUGAUCCAGGUCAAUUUACGUGUAUGAGACAUAAGCUUUGCACUAUUAUCAUGAGUGCCAACAGAUACCAGGAAAAAAAAUUAAAGCAAAGAAGCUUUUGCAA